AUGGACGAAACUCAGUUCACAGAGAACGCCUUGCAAAUCAUCAAGAAGGCCACUGAGCUUGCCAAGGAGGGUUCCCACUCACAAGUGGUGCCGUUGCACUUUUUGGCAGCCAUGGUUCCUACCGAUGAGGAAGGCUCUACUUUAUACCUUAAGACGCUUAUCCAGAAAGGCCGUUACGAAUGGCCGGAUUUCGAGAGAAUUGUCAAUAGGCAUCUUGUGAGAUUGCCUUCGCAGAACCCACCUCCAGAUGAGGUGAGGUUGAGUUAUGCUGCUGGACAGAUGCUCACCAACGCUACCAAGAUCAAGGCUGAACAGAAGGACUCUUAUGUCGCUCAGGACCAUCUCUUGUUGGCACUUUUGAAGGACAGCAGCAUAAUUGAUAUCUUUAAGGAGGCUCAGAUCAAUGUUGAUACCAUUAAGACCCAGGCCUUGGAGUUGAGAGGAAACCAGAGAAUCGACUCCAGACAAGCUGACUCUUCUGGAAAGUUUGAGUUUUUGAGCAAAUACUGUGAAGACUUGACUGAGAAGGCUCGUGAGGGUAAGAUUGACCCUGUCAUUGGCCGUGAAGAGGAGAUCAGAAGGGUCAUUAGAGUGUUGGCCAGAAGAACCAAGUCUAACUCGGUUUUGAUUGGUGAGGCUGGUGUUGGUAAGACUUCCAUUGUGGAGGGUGUUGCUCAGAGAAUUAUUGAUGGUGACAUCCCAAGCAUUUUGGCCAACUCCAGGCUUUUUGCUCUUGACCUUGGUGCCUUGACUGCUGGUGCCAAGUACAAGGGUGAGUUCGAAGAGAGAAUCAAGGGUGUCUUGAAGGAUAUCGAAGACUCCAAGGACAUGAUUAUUCUCUUUAUUGAUGAAAUUCAUAUGUUGAUGGGUGACGGUAAGUCUGACGCUGCUAACUUGCUUAAGCCCAUGUUGGCCAGAGGUGCUUUGCACUGUAUUGGUGCCACUACUUUCGCUGAAUACAGAAAGCAUAUUUCCAAGGAUGGUGCAUUCGAGAGAAGAUUCCAGAAGAUCGAUGUGCCAGCAACAACUAUUCCAGAGACCGUUGCCAUCUUGAGAGGUUUACAGCCAAGAUACGAAAUCCAUCAUGGUGUCCGUAUUUUGGACUCUUCUUUGGUCUCUGCUGCUCAAUUGGCUUCUAGAUACUUGACCUACAGAAGCUUGCCUGAUUCUGCUGUUGAUUUGAUUGACGAGACGGCUGCUACUGUGGCUGUUCAACGUGAUUCCAAGCCAGAAGAAUUGGACAACUUGGAGAGAGAGUUGAACUUGAUUGAGGUCGAGAUCAAUGCUCUCGAAAGAGACAAGGAUGCCGACUCUGAGUCUGUUGAUCGUCUUGAACAGGCCAAGAGAAGAAAGGCUGAAUUGCAAGAACGUCUCAUUCCUUUGCAGGAGAGAUUCAACGAGGAGCGUAAGGGCCAUGACGAAUUGAUUACCCUUAAGAGAAAGUUGGACGAGUUGGAAAUUAAGGCACAAGAUGCUGAAAGAAGACAUGACAAUGCAUCUGCCGCUGACUUGAGAUACUUUGCCAUCCCUGACGUCAAGAAACAAAUCGAAGUCAUGGAGGUCAAGGUUGCUGAGGAGGAAAGUUCUCACUCCAUGUUGAACAAUGUUGUCGGCCCAGACAGCGUUGCAGAGACCGCCGCCAGAUUGACCGGUAUCCCUGUCACCAAGUUGACGCAAGCCGAAAAUGCUAAGUUGAUCAACAUGGAGAAGGUCUUGUCCUCUGAAGUUGUUGGUCAAAGCGAAGCUAUCAAGGCUGUUUCCAAUGCCGUCAGAUUGACCAGAUCGGGUUUGGCUAAUCCUAACCAGCCUGCCUCUUUCUUGUUCCUCGGUUUGUCCGGUUCUGGUAAGACAGAAUUGGCCAAGAAGGUUGCUGGUUUCCUUUUCGCUGACGAAAGGGCUAUGAUCAGAAUUGACUGUUCUGAAUUGGGUGACAAGUGGUCUGCUUCUAAGUUGCUCGGUGCCGCCCCAGGUUACGUUGGUUAUGAAGAAGGUGGUAUCCUUACGGAAGCAGUGUUGAGAAAGCCAUACUCUGUCAUCUUGUUUGACGAAGUUGAGAAGGCAGCACCUGAAGUUUUGACCGUCUUGUUGCAGAUUCUUGAUGACGGUAGAGUCACCUCCUCGCAAGGUAAGGUGAUCAACUGUUCUAACGCCAUAAUUAUCAUGACAUCUAACUUGGGUGCUGAAUACAUCAACGCAUCUAAGGGUUCCAAGGUUGACCCACAAACCAAGGAGUUGGUCAUGACGUCUGUCAAGUCUCACUUCAGACCAGAGUUCCUUAACCGUAUCUCUUCCAUGGUGGUCUUCAACAGAUUAUCCAGAAAGGCCAUCGCUAAGAUUGUCAAGAUCAGAUUGGAAGAGGUGCAGAAGAGAUUUGCUGCUAAUGGUAAGUCGCUUGCUUUGGACGUUUCUGACGAAGCGUUGGAGUACUUGUGCUCUAACGGCUACUCUCCUGACUUGGGUGCCAGACCAUUGAACCGUCUCAUCCAAAGUGAAGUUUUGAACCGUUUGGCCAUCUUAUUGUUGAAGGGUCAGAUCAGAGACAAGGAGACCGCUCGCGUUGUUCUUGGAAAGAAGGGCUUGGAAGUUGUGCCUAACCAUGAAGCUGAAGACGAAGACAUGGCUGACCCUGUCGAAGACUGGGAAGACAGCGAAGAUUACGACGAUAUUGAGCCAGUUGAGCUCGACUAA